ACUUCGUCACUGGGCGCCAAUGAUCGCAGCUCGAGCGUGCGGCACUUCCUGAGCCCGGAGCCCGCCAUGCGUCUUCAGAGCAGCGAGGUGACCGGCGCGAGGGACCGUUUCUGAGUGACCGCUCUCACCAUGGAGAGUUACAACAACACCACAGAAAGCCAAGAUUGGAGUGGGAACGAGACGACAGUUAGUGAAGUUGCUCUGUGUUACCAAAUAAUCGGCUCGCUUUUCCUGGCUGCGUUAAUUCUGUUUGCCAUAUUGGGAAACGCGUGUGUCAUCGCUGCCAUCGCCUUGGAGAGAUCGCUUCAGAAUGUGGCCAACUAUCUUAUCGGCUCGCUGGCCGUCACAGACCUCAUGGUGUCGGUUCUGGUACUACCCAUGGCAGCCCUGUAUCAGGUUUUGAACAAAUGGACUUUGGGACAGGAGAUGUGCGAUAUAUUCAUCUCUCUUGACGUGUUGUGCUGCACCUCUUCCAUCCUGCACCUGUGCGCAAUCGCUUUGGAUAGGUUCUGGGCCAUCACCGAUCCCAUAGACUAUGUGAAUAAAAGGACCCCCAGAAGAGCGGCUAUCUUGAUCAGCCUCACUUGGCUAAUAGGAUUUUCCAUUUCCAUUCCGCCCAUGUUGGGUUGGAGGAAACCAGAGGACCGGGCAGACCCCGACGCGUGCACAAUCAGCCAAGACCACGGGUACACCAUCUACUCAACUUUUGGAGCUUUCUACAUCCCCCUCAUCCUCAUGCUGGUCCUCUACGGGCGGAUAUUCAAAGCGGCGAGGUUUCGUAUAAGGAAAACGGUGAAGAAACCCGAGAAAGCCAAAAUCGCGGACAAAUGCCUCGCGGUGUCUCCGGCGCUGUUUCCGAGGAAAGCGAACGGCGAGCUGGGCAAAACUUGGAGGCGAAGCGUGGAGCCGCAACCGUGCGUAAACGGAGCGGUGAAACAAGCGGAGGACGGAGAGUCGUUCGAGAUCACAGAAGUUCAAACCGUCUCCAAAAACCACCUGAGCUUGCCCAACAACCCUCAGCCGUGUUUCGAGAACAGAAACGAGAAAAACACGGAAGCGAAGCGCAAAGUGGCUUUAGCCAGAGAGCGCAAAACGGUCAAGACUCUGGGAAUCAUUAUGGGCACGUUCAUUUUCUGCUGGCUGCCCUUCUUCAUCGUGGCGCUUGUUUUGCCUUUCUGUCAAGAUUGUUUUAUGCCCGAGUGGCUGAGGGCAGUCAUUAACUGGCUCGGAUACUCCAACUCACUUUUGAAUCCUAUCAUAUAUGCGUACUUUAACAAAGACUUCCAGAACGCGUUUAAGAAGAUUUUGAAAUGCAAAUGUAUUAGACAGUGAACGAAGCUAAGAGACGGAGGCUAAUAUGCAGAUAAUGAUUGUUAAAGAGCUGCUCUAAAGGCAUUAAUGGACAGUCCUUCGGCACAAGAAGAGUUAGAGCUCUGUCUUUGUGUAUCUGUUUAUCUGUGAAGUUAAUCUGCGUCCACCACAACACAAUGUGCAUAUUGUACCACUGGAUGGAUGGAUUCAGAUUAGAUCAAGAAUCUCAGACCAGCUGCGUUUGUGCAUUAAACAAUAAAGCCCUUAAACAAAAAAUGCUUUUGUUUUAUACGGCAUAUGACGAAAGGCACCUUUCUCCGAGCAAGGAGCUGUUGGUGGGAUUGUAAGCACACGGACACACCAAUUUCCAGCAGAUUAUUAAUGUAGAAAAAUGUAAUGUGAAAUCAUUUCUCUUACAUCUAUUUGUUUACAUCUAUUUGUUUUUCUUAUAUGACAUAGACUGACUGGACAUACCUUGAAAUAAAAAAAUAAAUAAAUCUAGAUCACAAAAAAAAUCACUGUAUUUGAAUCAUUGCAGUUGGGAAGGGUUGACAAAGCUUGCAAGGGAAAUAUCACAUUACCACAUUCGAUGUACAAUUCAAAAAAGUAAUUAAUUAUAAUCUUAUAAAUUUAAUUAAAUAUAUUUUAUGAAUUCAUAUUCAUAAAUGAGUUGGUAUAAUGCAAUCUUACAAAAGGAACUUGCUAAAAUGAUUAUUAUGCUCUAUUUUUUUUCUUCGUUUGGCACAUAAAGAAGCCUCUCAAGUCAAAGAUGUUUAAUUUGGAUAUGGACAUAAAAUCUAAAUAUGUGCACAUAGAUAAUAAAGCUAUAAAGCAAUGCAAAGCAUGUGUUGAAUAUCAGUGCCAGUAUCAGAGAUGCAGUGAGUAUACUGUACAAAGAUGCGUUUGCAUCGGGCACAGCUAGGCCUUUGUUCCCAAUACUGCAGUCGUGACACUCCAUUAAUGAUGAUAAAACUAACCUGUGAACCAGACAGUUCAAGUGAUUCAAAAUUACAACCCUAAACGGGCUUAAAGAGCCUUAUACAUUUAAGUGCAAGGCAAAUAGCAUGACUUCAGCUAUCGAUGUAAACCUCCUCUCGUAAAUCGAAUUGGCUCACACCACCCCAAACAUACUUUACAUGUCUCUCCAGAUGUUUCAUUUUUUAAAGCUAUCACAGAUUACAAGCCACUUCCAGUGUCAUUUUCAAUGUAUCUUUCGAGUGGCCACAUGCACAGUGAUGGGAGAGGCGAUGGUGCAGAAAUCUUAUUCAAAUAACAUCCUAAGGCUCUGCCCACAUAGAACCCUGGCAAAAUAUAAAUGUCAUGGAAAAUACCAAAUGUAAUAUUUAUGAUUUGCUUUUCCUCCUACAUUUGUAAACGUGCUGUUUUACUGACACACUGCCAUGUGACGGACAUGGCCGUUCGGAUGAGAUGACAGCAUUGAUAACUUGACAAAGGAUAUUGUGAACAGAACACAAAGCACUCAUGGUAAUAUCCUCUGCUGGAUUUAAAUUUUGUUGACUAACUCCUUUAGUGCAUAAAGGGCCUAUAAACUAAUUUGACCCAUUUACACUUUUUAAAUGUACACCACUGCUGAUGAUAGUGGUCAUGACCCCCUGUCAAAGUUAUAAAUGACUAGCCACCAACUUUGGCUUGCUCUGUAACUAUAGGGAAAAGGCACAAUAUGAAUUCCACCCCAUUGUGCCCUGGAGUAAAUUGAAAUGGCCAUAAGGGACAUUCACAAGGUCAUUCUAACCUUGAUAUAACUAUUUGUGAGGCUAUGACAAGUGAAAAGAAUAUCCUCUCAUCCUCCGAGGAAAGCCUCAGUCUAGAGACUACAGUAUAUAGUGGCUUUGAGGUACUCAGCUGACCCUUGUUUCCGAGCAUUAAGAAGAAAUUAAGCUGCAUGUUUGUGACUUCUUUAUUUUUUAUUUUUAAAGUGAUACAUUGCCAAAGACCUACAGUAUGAAUCAUCACUUCCUUGCUCUUACUCUGAUGGAUCUUUCCCCUGCAUGUUUAAAGCAUAUAGGAAACAAUUAUUACAAAUGACUGUACAUCUGUGUGAUCAUUUUUGGAUCUCUGGAUUGUUGCACAUUGCCUUGUUGCCUGUACUUAUUAAAAGAACAACUCUUUAAUAAAAACAAAACAAAAAAAUAAUAAAUCAGUUCAGGUUAAAGUUGUUCAAAGCUGUUUAAAAUGUAAAAUAUUUUAAUGAAUUGCUUUGUUUAAAAUGUUUACCUCAGUUUUACCUGAUAUUUAUAUACAGUAUGUACUGCCAUAUGCCUACAUUAUAAACUGUAAAAUUGUGAAAUGUCAUUACAAUUUUUAAAUUACUUUCUUCAUUUUAAUAUAUAUUUUAAAAUGCAAUUUAUAUCAAAUCUGAAUUUUCAUCAUCAUUACUCCAGUCUUCAGUAUCCUUUAUAAAUCAUUCAUAUGCUGUUCUGGCACUCAAUAAACAUUUUAUUCUUAUUAUUAUCAAUGUUGAAAACAGUUGCACUGCUUCUCUUUUUGGCAGCCAUGAAACAUUUUCCAGGACUCUUUGAUGAAUUCUUGGUCAAGUUAAUGCAUCCUUGCUGAAUUUAUUUAUUAAUUUCUUCCUAAACUUUUAAACA